UCUCGCGAGAUUUCGUCAUUACGAGUUUUAUUGACAUUUUGUGUAAUUUCGGUGUGGAAUUAAACGACUGAAUUAAAACAACAACCUAAUGACAUCGCAAAUGCAUUCAUAAAUAAGACAGAUUAAGACAUGACAAUUGUAAUGAGAGGUAGCCCUGCAGGGGGUGACCAAUCUCAAGACCCACAACAGCUCCCGCCUCCCACUGCCACAGCCCCCACAGUGAUCCCCCCGGGGUCAGCAAUGUCUGCUUCAUCCCCCAGCUCCACCCCUCCCCAGCCCUCGGGCCUGCCCUCCCCGGCACAGCUGGGGGAAGAGACCGGGCAGGGAGACGUACACCCGGACGUAGGAGAGGAUGGGGAGCCAGAGUUCCCCCAUCAGGAACUGGCCCGUCUGGAUGAGAUGAUCAACAGGCCCCGUUGGGUAGUGCCUGUGCUACCAAAGGGAGAGCUGGAGGUCCUGCUAGAUGCCAGUAUCAAACUCUGUAGAGAAGGUCUGGACACAAGAAGUGAAGCCUGCCAGAGGUUUUUCCGCGAUGGCCUCACAGUGUCAUUCACAAAGAUCAUGACAGAUGAUGCCGUCAGUGGCUGGAAAUAUGAAAUCCAUAAAUGUAUUCUGAAGAAUGCAGAGAAGCUGGUAGAGCUGUGUGUGGUGAAGCUGUCCCAGGACUGGUUCCCCCUGCUGGAGCUGCUGGCCAUGGUCUUCCAUCCACAGUGCAAGUUCCACAACUACAACUCAACGCGCACCUCUGAGACGGUCCCUGCUGGCUCAACCCUACCAGACGACGCCCUCUAUGCCCGGCCCCCAGACCCCAGAACUCCCAGGGGUUGGCUGGUUGACCUGGUGAACAAGUUUGGUUCCCUGGAUGGUUUCCAGAUCCUACUGGAGCGCUUCACUACUGGACACGCAUUGUCUGUGCCUGUCAUAGCUGCACUGCUCAAACCAUUUGGCCAUUGUGCUGAAGUUUUGACGCCGCAUGUGGUACAGACUUUCAUGAUCCCCAUAGUGGAGCGCGUGCCCCAGUUCCUGGAGGAGCUGACAGACGAUGAGCUUAAGAAGGAGUCCAAGAACGAGGCAAAGAACGACGCCCUCUCCUCCAUCAUCAAGGCACUCAAGCAGCUGGUCAGGCGCCUCCCCAACCAGGAGGAGAAAACCAAGAGUCUCGAGAUUUUCAGGCUCAAAAUGAUCCUCAGACUGCUGCAGAUCUCCUCUUUCAAUGGCAAGAUGAACGCCCUCAACGAGGUGAACAAGGUGAUAGCCAACGUGUCCUACCACUCCAGCAGGCACUCACAGUCGGAGGAGGAUGAGUGGCUCACAGCAGAGAAAAUGGCCGAGUGGAUCCAGGAGAAUGAUGUGUUGUCCAUUGUGCUGCGGGACAGCUUGCACCAACCUCAGUAUGUGGAGAAGCUGGAAAAGAUACUGAGAUUCAUGAUCAAAGAGAAGGCAUUGUCACUGCAGAACCUAGAUAAACUCUGGGAGGCACAGUCAGGGAAGCAUGACGCCAUAGUGAAGAAUGUUCAUGACCUGCUAGCAAAGUUGGCCUGGGACUUCUCACCGGAACAGCUGGACCACCUCUUUGAGUGCUUCCAGGUGAGCUGGGCCCAUGCCUCCAAGAAGCAGAGAGAGAAGCUACUGGAGCUGAUCAGACGUCUGGCAGAGGACGACAAAGAGGGCAUCAUGGCUCACAAAGUGCUGGGGUUGCUAUGGAACCUGGCCCACAGUGAGGACGUCCCCACAGAGAUCAUGGACCAGGCCCUGACAGCACAUAUCAAGAUCCUGGACUACAGCUGCAGCCAGCAGGACCGUGACGCCCAGAAGAUGAGCUGGAUCAACAAGUUUGCUGAGGAGAUCAAGAACGACAAGUGGGUCCUGCCUGCCCUCAAACAGAUCAGAGAGAUCUGCCAGCUCUUCCCUGAGGCGCCCCAGAACUACCCACAUGUUCCCAACAGAGUGUCCCACGUGUACUACCGCAACACGAUCAUCAGCCUGCUCCAGUCCAACCAUGCCAUCGUGAUGGGUGUUGUACAGAAUCUCGCUGCAUAUAUGAACAAAGCUAGAAUCUAUGCCAAAGAACACCCAAAUGUGGAGCCAGACAACAUCCUCCAUGAUGGCAGAUUCAAUCAUGUUGUUCAGGUGCAAGACAGGCUACGUUUUUUGAGGUUCUUGCUAAAGGAUGGACAGCUCUGGUUGUGUGAAUCUCAGGCUCGACAGAUCUGGCACUGUCUGGCAGAGAACUCUAUCUACACCUCAGACAAAGAGGCCUGCUUUAAGUGGUUUGCAAAGUUGAUGGGUGAUGAGCCUGAUUUAGAUCCAGAGAUCACCCGAGAGUUCUUUGAGAAGAAUGUGCUACAAUUUGACCCUAGUCAGCUGACAGAAAAUGGAAUGAACUGUUUUGAGCGAUUCUUCAAGCAUGUGAACAGCAAGGAGAACAAGUUGGUACAAAAGAGGCGGGGCGGCUUCAUGAUGGAUGACCUUGAACUGGUUGGAUACGACUACCUCUGGAGGGUGGUGACACUGGCCCCAGACGAUGUGUCAGACAAGGCCAUCAUCCUUCUCAAGGACACGUUCACCAAUCUGGGGCCACGUCUACAGCAGAACCAGGUUGAGAUACAUGAGGACUUUAUACAGACCACCAUGGACAGGCUCAAGGCCCUGUAUGACACGGUGUCCAUCCUGGAGGGUGACAAGGAGUCCAGCCCGCGCCUGAUGCAGGAGACGGUCCGUAUGAUCCGUGUGCUCACUGUACUCAAGGAGUACGUCAACGAGUGUGAUGAACAGUUCGGGGAGGAGAGGUCCAUACUGCCACUUAGCAGAGCAUGUCGAGGUAAGCUGGUGUCGUUGAUGGUGCGGUUUCCAAACCAGGGCAGACAGGUGGAGGAUAUAGAGAUCUGGUCACACACCAAUGAAACCAUAGGUGCCGUACGUCGACACAUCCUGCACCGUGUGAAGGCCAACAGCAACGUGAAGGUGGACCUGUACGUGAAUGGAGACCUCCUGGAGCCCGGGGAGGACAAGAAACUCAUCUCCCAGGUCCCUCUCAGGGACAAGAUGCUGCUAUCUGCCAAGCUGGUCCACGUGGGUAACUCGAUGCCGUCCAGCCCAGACACAAGCUCUGACAGCUCUGGAGGCUCCCCCCACCACGGCUUUGAAGGUCCAAACAUAGAAGCGGAGAACUGUCUUCCGGGCGUGUUGAUGUCUAACAAUCAGCGGUACGCGCUGUUCCUGUUCCAACUCUCAGACCUGGGCUGCUCUCUACAGGUGCCCAAGCUACGGGACACAGCACGCAUCCUCCUCAAACUAAUGCCUGCUGAUUCAGCGACCAAGGAAAGUUUCAAGACUGUAUGUGCAGAUCAUGCUAGGAAAGGUAGCAGCAUGUCCCAGCAGCUAGAGGCCAUGUUCUUCAACACUUCUCCCACACAGGUCAUCUAUAAUAUAGAGGUGGCGUAUGCCAUGUUGAUGCCCUCACAAGACCCCAUGUCGGAGGACGCUUUCAACUUUCAAUGCAACUUCAUCAAGAGUGGUGGUGUCCAGUUGUCGUUGAACAUGCUGACCAAGAAUAACUUCCUCCCCAAUGCUGACCUGCCCACCAGAAGGUCUGCGUACGUAUCAGCCCUGAAGAUGUGCAAGCUGAUGUUGAACGUGGUGGCCUACGCCAAACUGCAGGUUGUGGUUGACGCAUGCAACCAGGAGCCGCGCGCCGUGCAGGUGACCUCGGCUGAGCACAGCCACGCCGUGAUCCUACAGCAGGCUCUACACCACAUCCCCAACCAGACCACAGAGUACACAGCCCGCAAUGUGGCCAAUAGGCUCGGACAAAACCUUGCUGAACAGGCAACGAGUGUGAGCCCAGAUCUGAACACAAUCAAGGCCAUACAGAAGAUAACUUGGUCGUCUGGGAGUGGAUCUCUGCAUCUAGUCCAUGCCUCAAACGAGGAUAUACAUGCGUCACAUGAGAAGGAGUUGACCCCAGACCCAGAUGACCUGACCGUGUCCCGGGAGGCCAUGGAAGUGCUUACAGUGUGCAUGCUACUGUGUCCCAGCGCCACAGAGGCACUACACAAGGACAAGGCCUGGCAACAGUUUAUCAAGGACUGCUUGCUGCACUGCAGGAACAAACCUGUGCGAUCGUCAGCAUCAGAGCAGUUUUUCCUGAUGGCCACAAAGUGCAGCAGCACCCACAAGCCUGUAGUGUUCUUUAUUCAGCUCCUGUUCACUGUGCUGUCUACUCUAGCAAAGGACAAUGCAAAACAAGCUAAUGAGUAUUUCCAUUUGUUAUGUCGAUUGUUGAACUAUGCGUUUACCACAGAUGUACAGCUUCCAAAUGCAGAGGCCUUGUUGAACAAUGAGAUACAGUGGCUGAAGACUGUAAAGGAGCUGGUGAUCUCUAGUGGAGAGUGUCGGGUGGAGGAGACCCUUCUUGAGGGACACCUGGGCAUCACCAAGGAGCUGCUGGCCUUCCAGAGCCCGGAGAAGAAGUACCAGAUGGGGGCACAGCCUGCGGGAGUCAACCUCAUCAAGGAGCUGGUGGAGGACUUUGUGUUCCCGGCCUCCAAGGUGGUGCUGCAGUGCCGCAAGUCCAGUGGAGAGCUGCCCCUGGAGCAGGCCACGCCUGUGUGCUCCACCCCCGCCACCGUGGUGGCCGCCUAUGAGCUGCUAGUGGCCCUCUGUACACGAUGUGUGCCCAACCUCAAGGCUCUCACCGCCCUCCUCAUUGACAUGUACUACAGCAGUGAGGCCCCACUGAUAGAGUGGGAGUACCUCCCACCAGUGGGCGCAAGGCCCCAUAAGGGGUUUGUGGGUCUGAAGAAUGCAGGGGCCACAUGCUACAUGAACUCCGUGCUGCAGCAGCUGUUUAUGAUUGAGCCCAUACGUGCGGGCAUACUUGCCAUAGAGGGGGCUGCUGAUGAUGUGGAGGAGGACUAUACCAGCAUGGAGAAGGGAGAGGGAGAGACAAACAUAGAGGUGAAUGAGGAGGAACGUAAGGAUGAGGAGAAGCCAGUGUCGAACAAGGAGGAGGAGAGGAAGGAGUACAACCUGGGCAUCCUCAAGCAGAUCCAGCUCAUCUUUGGCAACCUGGCAGCCAGCAAGCUACAGUACUAUGUGCCCAAGGGGUUCUGGAAACACUUUAAGUUAUGGGGUGAGCCGGUGAACCUUCGAGACCAGCACGACUCCCUGGAGUUCUUUAACAGUCUGGUGGACAGCCUGGACGAGGCCCUGAAGGCCAUGGGUCAGGUCACCAUACUACAAAGGGUCCUAGGGGGCUCAUUCGCUGACCAGAAGAUCUGCAAGGACUGUCCACACAGGUACCAGCGUGAGGAACCUUUCACCUCCCUCAACGUGGACAUCCGCAACCACCACAACCUGCGAGAGUCCUUGGAGCAAUAUGUCAAGGGAGACCUGCUAGAGGGGGCCAAUGCAUAUCACUGUGAUAAAUGUAACAAAAAGGUUGAUACUGUUAAGCGUCUUGUUAUACGGAAGUUACCCAAGGUGCUGGCCAUACAGCUGAAGAGGUUCGACUAUGACUGGGAGAGGGAAAGUGCAAUAAAAUUCAAUGAUUAUUUUGCAUUUCCACGUGAAUUUGACAUGGAGCCUUACACCACCCAGGGUCUGGCUAAAAUAGAAGGUGAGAUUAUCGACACAGACUGUGAUGAAAAGGGACAGAGUAGCCGCUACAAGUUGAUAGGUGUGGUGGUACACAGUGGCCAGGCCAGCGGGGGACACUAUUACUCUUAUAUCCUGCAUAGGCCCACAGAUAGUGAUGCCAAGUGGUACAAGUUUGAUGAUGGAGACGUGUCCGAGUGCAAGAUGGAUGAUGAUGAGGAAAUGAAGAACCAGUGCUUUGGUGGGGAAUACAUGGGUGAAGUGUUUGAUCACAUGUUAAAAAGAAUGACGAUCCGGCGUCAGAAGCGUUGGUGGAAUGCUUACAUCUUGUUUUACGAGCGUCAAGAUGACAGCGACGAGGAAAUCAUUUCUAAGAAUGUUCAGGAUCUCACUAUAACUCACAAAUCCAGUAUAGUGCGUAUGCCACGUGCGAUAGAGAAGUGUGUGCGCAAGCAGAACAUCAUGUUCAUGCAUGAAAGGACACAGUUUAGUCCGGAAUACUUCCAGUUCAUGAGAAAGCUCCUCACCUGUAACCAGAUGUACAUACACACCAACGUCUCGCAGGAGAAACUGUCCCCAGAUGUUGAGCAGCUGGCUAUGAUUAGUACAGACCUUGCCUCUAAGUUCCUCUUCACUGUCGGCUUUCAUACCAAGAAAUCUCUACGAGGUGCUGCUACAGAGUGGUACGAGGCUCUGACCAGCAACUUUAGUUCCAGUAAGAAUGUGCGUACAUGGUUUGCCCAGCACGUCCUCUUCUUACAGCCGGGAAGGUUCGCGGAGUAUCUUCUGGAAUGCCCCAGCUCUGAGGUGCGCAAUGCGUUUGGCAAGGUAGUGGUGUGUCUAGCUCACUUUUCUCUGAAUGACGGACCAUUCCCUACGCAGGCAUUGCAGGGAGCUGUUUGCUCCCCAGACCCUGCUGCUACCCUGAGUGACCACCUGCUGGUAGCCGUUCUGAACUUACUAAAGAAGGAGGUGUCUGAACACGGGCGCCACCUACAGCAGUACUUCCAUCUCUUCCUCAUGUACUCUAACCUUGGUGUACAGGAGAAACGUCACCUGCUGAAGUUGAACGUGCCCCAGCUGUUCAUGAUGGUAGCCCUUGACGACGGUCCAGGCCCACCAAUCAAAUACCAGUAUGCGGAGUUCAGCAAGCUGUACUCGGUGGUCUCACAGCUGGUGCGCUGCUGUGAUGUGUCCGCCAAGUGCACCUCCUCUGUGCCUGGCAAGGACCCCCUGGCGAACCCCUACGGAGACCAGAUCCUAAUGGAGAUCCAGCCCCAGGUGGCGGAGAUCCUAAUUGCCCGCACCAGCUAUGUGAAGAAACUACUAGAGGAGUGUAACACAACAGAGGACACCACAAGACUCCUGAGGUACUGUUGCUGGGAGAACCCCCACUUCUCCUCUACAGUGCUCAGUGAGCUGCUAUGGCAGAUAGCCUACUCGUACACGUACGAACUGCGGCCCUACCUCGACCUGCUGCUACAGAUGCUGCUACUAGAGGACUCCUGGCAGAACCACCGCAUACACAACGCUCUCAAAGGUAUCCCAGAUGACCGUGACGGCCUGUUGGACACCAUACAAAGGUCAAAGAGUCACUACCAGAAGAGGGCCUACCAGUGCAUCAAGAUGAUGGUCGCACUGUUCAUGCACUGCCCACCUGCCCAGCAGAUGUUACAGAGCAACACUGAUCUGAAGAGACGUUGGACCAUGGCCGUAGAGUGGCUCAAUGAAGAGCUGGAGAGGCGCCCCUAUCCUAACAAUGUGCAGUACACAUACAACAACUGGUCCCCUCCUGCCCAGUCCAAUGAGACCUCCAAUGGGUACUUCCUGGAGCGUUCACAGAGUGCACGUGUCACGCUGGCCAAGGCCAUAGAGCUGUGUCCCGACCCUGAUGAGGAGGAGGGGGAGGAGUUAACAGACGACCAGGAGCCAGGCGGGCACCAUGACGACCCCCAGGGGUCAGCUGGAGGUCAGGAGGGAGAGACCCAGGGGGGCGGGGCUGCAGAGGAGGGGCAGGGGUUAACACAGGGCCUGACCCCUGGUACUGCCAAACUGGUGCAGAACAACCAGUUGACGCUAGAGAAGCAGGCGCCUGUAACCCCUAACAACCAGAUCAACAACCCCCUGACAACCAAUACUACCCCGCUCAUGGUGGGGAGUGUGAGCACCUCAUCCAGUACUGAGCCCGUCCCAUCCACUGUACAGCAGUCUGAAACACCGGGGGAGGUACCCAGGAUAGAUACGAAGUCCACAGAGGAGGUGAAAGCUGAGGAACAAACAUCCCCACAGGAAACCAGUGGUACGCCUGGCAAGUCGGGUACCAAGGACAAAGGGAAGCAAGUCUGAGAUAGAGUUAUUGCCCUUGAAUUGGAAAAGCAACAUGGGAGAAAUAGUCAAGAAGACAUUGGAGAGAUGUGUAGCCGUUCAGCCAUGGUUUGAAAGUGGAAUUGGUUGGCUACAGUGUUAAAACAGUUAUAUAUUUUACAAAUAUGAUGUGUAUAGUAUUAUAGCUUAUGUGUAUCUCUGCGUGUUUAAACACGUGGAGGUUUCAUUUUGACUUUGUUAUCCAAAAGCGAUUUAUUCUGCAACAUGUAAAUACAUGCAGUGCAGACUGGCAGGACACCUGUCAUUUGUUGUUUCUGUUGCUUGUUUUGCUUCGCUUUGUCAAUGUUUGAAUUAUAUGAAUUGUUAAACUUGUGUUUUUAACUUUGGUGCAUGUUGGAAUGAAGUUUAAUGCAUUUGUUACUCAGUUGAUAUUGUUGUUAGAGAGGGCACCUUUCAUUGAGACUUUAUCAACAUUUACAUUAUUACUGGAGGAAGUCAGUGGAAAACAUUGCAUAAUUGAUUAAAUACUGGGUAUGCACUUUGUUUUGUUUAGCAAUGUUUUAAAUUGUUUAAAAUCCAUGGAAGGAAAGUCAUUUGUAGAACAUGCUCACGUCAGUAUGGAGACAUUAUUUAAAGUAAUAUAAAUCCAGUGAUAUACAUUGAGGUUUGAGAGUAAACCAGGUGCAUCAGAUAUAGAAAUGUAUGUAUAUACAACAGCUUCAUAUUGAGUCAUAUACGAGUCGCGCUUUGGCAAAAGCUGGUUUAAUGCAUGUGCAUAAAAUGUCAGCCCAGAUUAGUCAUUUCUGCUUUUAUAAUUUCUUUUAACAAAAGUCUCCUAGCAAAAAUCUAGUUUAGGCGGAAAGUGUCCUCCCUGAUUAGCCUGUGCAGAUUGCACAGGCUAAUUUGGAAGGUCGCUUUACGCUAAUGCAUUAAACCCCUUUUGGCAUAUAGUUUUAUUCACUAGCCAACAGGCCUUGAUUUUUCUGAAUUCUUAGGCCUGUUUUAACAGGAUUAGCUAAAAAUUGAAUUUUAAAAAUAUUUUAAGCUUCAAAGGAGACAUUUAUUAAAAAUGGUUGACAUACAUUCUAGUUUGUACAAGAUCAUCAACUUUCUGUACAGUAAUAUGAAUCAAUUAAAUAAACUACUUGGGCCAGUUAUUCCGAUAGCAUGCUGAAAUUUUUUAAAGAAAUUUCGCGCAGGUGUGUAGCAUUUGUUGUAUCACAGAAUUACAUGUUUACUUGUUACAUUGAGAAGUGAAGCAAGUCUAUAAGAACAAUUGUUGCCGAGACGUGUUUUUUUCUUUGUUUUCGAGAGCUUCAUACAUUUGCUAAUUAUAUGUCCAUACAGCAUGAUCUACACUGUUUAUACAUGUAUUCUGUAAUUUACUUGUCUUAGCAAAUGCUACAUGGCAUGUAAUUUAUACUCGAAUAUGUUUCUUAAAAUGGAUUUCAGCACAAUGUUUCUUGUUUCUACUGUUUAUUAGUUUGCUUUCAAAUGCAGAGUGUACAUUUCUUGUGUGAACGUAUUUCUACAAUAUCUUUGUACAUAUUAUUGAUUAUUUAUCAAGCUCUUAAAACACAUCUGAGCUUUUGUUAAAGAUUAUUCAUGCCUGUUUCCUACACUUAGUAUAUGUUGUUGUUUGUAUUGUUGAAUUCUUUACUGGGCACACUUUGUCAUAUAUAAUGCCUUUUAUGCAGAGUUCAAUUCUGUUUCUUUCUGUAUGGUAUCUAAACAAAAAUAUCGCAAGUUCUUGGAUUAAUUGAACAAAAUUAAAGUGCGUAAUGUAUAACUGUUAGAUUUCAAAAAUGCUAGUCAUUCUUUUAUAUUUGAGCAUCCAUUUGACCAUUUUUAACUGAAAAAACAUGUGUGAUUAUUGUGAAGUAUGUCUAGUUAAAAAGUCAUAUUCAGUAUUCGUCAUUCGUUGGAUUCAACCAUUUCCUUACAUUGAGCAUAGAGUGAAUGUUAUGAAUGACUCGUGCUUUACUUGUGAAUGUAUCCAGCAUUUUACGUAAAUAAGAACUUGCCAGCUUGUGUUUAAUCACAUUCCCUGCUUUUGUUGAUGGAAUAUUUCCAUUCAUGGAAUAUCACAAACUGUACUACAGACUCUUUUGUUUAAGAUGUGUUAAAACCUUUUAAAUGCACGAUAUAUGUAACGAGAUUUCCUAAAAAUAACAACUUAUUUUGAAGACAAUGAGUCACCCAGUCCCUGCUGAUGUGAUGUACAUAUUGUAAGUAGUUGGAGUGCACGACUUGAAAUACAUCAGCAGGCCUUAGCCGUGUUGCAUUGUCCGUAUACUUGAAACUUGUUCCAGACACUUGUUCUUUAGUGGUUUUGUGCCCUCUUAAAUACUAUCACCACGUUAGGAUCUUUGAUCUUUGGUUGUUUAAAAACUGUAUACAAUAUCUUGCAACUUGUACUUUCUAUUAAUAAAUAAAAGUUAUUGAUCAGCAUACCAGCAUACAUAAUUGAAGUUGAAGAUCCAUGGUUUCUAUUCACCUCGAUACGACCUUUUUGUCACUGUAUAUGAUUUAAUUCCAUGUAAGUUGCGUAAUGUACUAAGUUGCAGACCCAUAUUGCAAAGCAGUCGUGAAAUCUGGUGACAGGACCCAUAUUGCAAAGUGCUCAUGAAAUCUGGUGACAUGACCCAUAUUUCAAAGGGUUUGUGAAAUCUGGUGACAGGACCCAUAUUUCAAAGGGGUCAUGAAAUCUUGUGACAGGACCCAUAUUUCAAAGUGAUCAGGAUAUUUGGUGACAGGACCCAUAUUGCAAAGCGGUCAUAAAAUAGGGUGACAGGAGUUCGAGAAUGGAUUACCUUGUGAGUAUUGACCGUAGCUGAAUCCUCUGACUCGGUGUUCUGUGAACACACUCUGUCAUACUCUCUAGGACAUGUUUAUAAUGCUGCCCAUACAAGCUGUGUCGUGGCUUGAAAGCAUGAAUGGAUAUAUGUACAAGAAGGACUAUAAAAGUCACUAUAGCUCUUAAGGGAUGUCACUCUGUGGUUGAUUCGUAUACGUCUGUUUGAUAGAAGAAAUUUGUGAUUGUUUGAUACUUGUUGUUGCUUGAUUUGUGAUGUUUUAUUAGCUGAAGGACUAAAUUAUUUUAUAAUGAUUAAACUUUUCACAAAAUC